AAUCGAUGAAACGUGCUUGCCAUGUACGGAUUGUUAGACAAACACAGUUGAACUAGCCGAGAACCUAUUUUGGUGAAAAUGACGUUCGUUGUUAUCAGGACAAUCUCUCAAUCGAAAUUAUCGUAGACGAUAGUGACAGGGACGUGCUAAUGGGUGUUUUCUAACAGGUGCGAGCAUUAUAAAGCACCUUGAGCAGCACAGUGACAACGAUUAUGAUAUGCUUAUUUUAUCCCGUUUGUUCUUUGCGUUGAUCAUUGAUGAAUUUUCUUCUUAUGCAGCUAAAACGUUGAGGCUAAGAUCACAAUGGUGCUUGGAAUGUGCAUACGAAAACUUGGACUGGGCAGGAUUAUAGUUUUCUUGGUUAUUGCAAUAAUUUUUCUUCAAAUUGUGCAUUUUUAUUCCCUGACUAACAUGAGUUCCAGAGAAAAAGAGUUAGAAGGAAAACAGCAAUCUCACAAAACAACCCAGAAAUUCUCUUCCACUGCAAGAAAAGUUAUACAGCGCCUACACCAUUCCCAUCUUAUGGACAGUAGUGGAUCUUACUACCUAGUGAGGAAUGUACUUAUACCUGACGGUGAAGAUACUAUGUCAGAUCAUUCAAGUGAUGUCACCCUGGUCACACAAUGUUCUGCCAAUCAUCUGGAUGAUCUUGUUGAUUUGGCUGAGCGUUGGAAUGGGGCAGUGUCCAUAUCUGUUUUUACGUACGACAAUGAUUUUCCAUUUGCUAUCAAAGCAAUGCUCUAUUCUCACAAGUGUUUUAACCAAAUUAGAAGACACGUUUCCAUAAAUAUGAUUUACCCUAUUAAUAAACCACCAAGGGUUUCUGAUAUUGACAACAUUUCUUUUGAAGCAAUUAACUGUGAUGUGCCAUUUCAUGAAUUAAGAACUACCAAUACUGAUAAUUAUGCAGUGUCUGGAAUUGAAUAUCCUCACAAUGUUUUGAGAAAUUUUGCCUUAAAAGGUGCAAAAACUCCCUAUGUGUUUGUUGUUGAUAUUGAUAUGAUUCCAUCAAGUAACUUAUUGCUGGAGUUUAAAACCUUUAUAGAAAGACGUAAGCAAUCAUCUGAUGGACGCAUUCCAAAACAUGAUAAAGUUGCCUUUGUUGUACCAAGUUUUGAAAUCAAAGAAUCUAUAAGAAUUCCAGAGACGAAAACAAUGUUAUUGACUCAAAUGAAAUCCAACAAUGUCCGUCCGUUUUACAUGGAAGCCUGCCAGCGUUGCCAGAAGCAGACGUCUUAUAGUGUGUGGGAGAAGCUAGUUGACAUUGAUUUCCUGGAUGUAGGGUACACUGUUGACUGGAAAGAUCCCUGGGAACCAUUCUUCAUUACAGAGAGCCAUUUACCGUUAUAUGAUGAGAGAUUCAAACAGUAUGGAUUCAAUAGAAUAAGUCAGGUUUGUGAAAUGCACAUAGCUGGCUACAGGUUUGAUAUCUUAAACAAGGCCUUCUUAGUGCACAAAGGAUUCAAAUUUGCUGGAAAAUUUCAUAAAAGUAAAGAAGAGGAACUUGGCAGAAACAGAAUGUUGUUUAGAAAUUUUAAGGAAGAGUUAAAAUCCAAGUAUCCAAAUUCAUCUCGUCGGUGCUACUAAAUUUUUGACACGAUGAAUUAACAACAUGAAUUAUUUUGAAGUAGCAAAACGAUCUAGACCUAAUCCAGUGAUUAGGAAAAUGGUGCUGUACUAUUUUUCCAGUGAGACAGAGGUAUGAAUUCACAGUUAUGCUCUACUUGGAAUAUUUUGGCCUGAAAAUGUCUAUUUGAAGACAAUGAUAUAUUUAUACAUAAAAUGCAUUAAUAUUCAUUGCUGUAAUAGAUACUUAUUUUUGUAAUAACUAUGAGUUAUAUAAGGUAUGAGUAGGAUUUUGAUUGGCCUGCUGUCCUGAGCCACCAUCAGUCCAGCUGUCCCACCAUCUGACCACCACCAACUACUUGUACUACUAUCCAGCCUCUAUCAGGCUGGUUGUCCUGCUGUCCUGAACCAUCACCAGUUUAGAUCUCCCACCAUCUGACCACCACUAACUUGUUGUACCACUAUCCAGCCUCCAUCAGGCCAGUAUCCUGCUGUUCUGAGCCAUCACCAGUCCAGUUGCCUCACCAACAGCUAGUUGUACUACUACCCUGCCUCUAUCAGGCUGGUUGUCCUGCUGUCCUGAGCCACCAUCAGUCCAGAUGUCCCACUAUCUGACCACCACCAACUAGUUGUACCACUAUCCAGCCUCCAUCAGGCCAGUUGUCCUGCUGUUCUGAGCCAUCACCAGUCCAGCUGUCCCACCACCAGCUAGUUGUACGACUAUCCUGCCUCUAUCAGGCUGGUUGUCCUGCUGUCCUGAGCCACCAUCAGUCCAGCUGUUCCACCAUCAGCUUGUUGUACCAGUAUCCUGCAUCCAUCAGGCUGGUUGUACUGCUGUCCUAAACCACUACCAGUCCAAUUGCCCCAACAUCAGCUGCUUGUACUACUAUCUGGCCAAUAUCAAAAUGGUUGUCCUAUCCUGAACCACCACCAGCUAGUUUUACCACUAUCUGGCCUACGUUAGACUUGUUGUCCCGCUGUUCUGAGCUACUACAAGCUGGAUGUCCCACCAUCUGGUUUUAAUCACUGUCUGGCCUCAAUCAGGCUGGUUGUCCUGCAAAUCUGAGCCAUCAUCAGUCUUGUUGUCCAACCAUUUGACCACCACAAGCUGGUUGUACCACUAUCUGACCACCACAAGCUGGUUGUACCACUCUCCAGCCUCCAUCAGACUGGUUGUGCUAUCGUAAGUCACCACAGCAGGUUGGCCCUGCUGUUCUGAGCCACCACCAUUCUGCUUGUCUCAUGAUCUUACCACCAUCAUCAAGUUUUCCCCUUUCCCAGUCAAUCUUAAGAUCUUAUCUCCACAAAAUUAUCCCAGUAAUGUAGAUGUUUUAAUACCCAGCCACUUGAAGACAGGAAACAGUGGUGGCUGGGUUGAGAUUAUAUUAAUGUCUAUUAAGAAAUAUAUUUAUACCUUUUAUAUUCAUCACAAUAGACCAUGUCCUGGACCAUGCCAAUGAUUCUAUGAAAUAUUUAAUUCUACUUGAUUUCAAGUUGCAAGUUGGCAAGGUAUAUGCCCUCUGACUUGAGCAUACAAAGAACUUUGUAUUGUUUGCAAUGUCUUGUUUAAGUUUGAAGAUUUUAACAUAUUUGAUGCUCUUGACCUUGAACACAGGACAGUUAUUACCAAAGCAGAUACUACAGGCAAAACAUCAUUACUCUAUAUUUUACGGCUUGAGAGCUAGAAGAUAUUAACCUUUUUUAACACAAACAAUCCUGUGACCUUGAUUAUGGGUAAAGGUCAUAUAUUUACAGUUUUUGAGACCAGUGUAGAUUCAUCCAUUCUGUCCAUUGUUAUUCAUACAUUACAAUGUACACAUACUAUAUACUAAGAAUGUAUUUUGAAGUUCAAUUCCUAUUUGCCUCAAAUGUUUGAGUAAUUCAGUAGCUGCUGAAAUAUUUGUGUGUGCUGUUUGUAUCCUAUGUAUGAUGUAUAACUCCAGUAUUAUUGACGCAUAAAUGACCGAGAAUUAACCUAUAGUAUAUUUUUGGAAAUAAAUUGAAAUUAAA